CCUAGUCUUCAAUGUCUGCCGCGAGAAUGGUAUCAUGUAUCAAUCGUUCUGGACGCUGUCUGGCAAUCCAUCACUGCUCGCGCACCCGCUGAUGAGACAGUUGGCUGAAAAGUACGGGAUUACCCGGGAACAAGCGUUGUUCAAACUGUGUUCGCAGUAAGUACCACCUCGGGAAAGGGUUGUCUCGAGUGCUGUGAGAAGACCUUGCUUAAUUGUCGUUCUUGUUAUGUCCGAUUAGGAUCGGCAUCACUCCAUUGUCUGGCACGACCUCUGAGGAACACACGAAGCAAGACGUCGAGGCGAUCGCGAUGAAGGAUUUCGAAGCCGACGAAGUCGAGGCCGUUGUUAACCUGAUCCAGUGAGGAGGUCUCCUAAGCCCAUGCCCCUCGCCCCUGGCGCAGAUGUCCUUGUUAGGUCGAUGGUCGUUGACUCGCUUCUUCAUCUUGUUAUCCCGGUUGUACCUCUUGCGACUGCAUGAAUUCACUGUAUCCAAUCAUACCUGGCUCAUCCCGUAUCACUAGACAAUCGUCAACAUCGACGAGCGGGCCCAGCAGACGUGCAAGACGGACAAAACAGCACGUCCAUGCGAGGGACGUUCCACUGACCUUGCCCGAGGACGUCUCGAUGCGGAAUCUUUUGCUGGCGAAUAUCAACGAACAGCACGUCCUUGCCACCCGGUUGUUUGAGACACUGUCAAAUUCGUUAUCCGGAUCUAGGAGGAUACCGAGGUCGAUCAACCCUAUAGAAGAGGUGUCCGAGAUGUACGCGCGGCUCGAAAGCCUGACGGAAGAACAAGCUCGGCUGGUUGAACUCGCUCGUCGGCACCAACAACGGUGGGAGAGGUUGCAACGCAAACGACGGAAGAGACAGGCUCUGGACGAAAAGGCACGGAGAGUAUUGGUCACUCUCGAACAGGGAAGACGGGAGUUGGCAGGGAUCAUCGAGAAUGGGAGCGAAGUCUGCAGGGGGAUUGAAAUGGCCGAGAAGGCGGCCAUCCCGGUCGACACUCUGGUCCGACACGCGACCCGGUUGGCCCCGUAUACUACCCGACCAGUCGCGGCGGAAGUCGCAGGGGAAGCCUUGGUCUCCACCUCGCAAUCGUACUACCCGGUCGAACCGGCGAUGAUGAGUUCAAAGCUCAUGAGACUGGCCAAGGGCGAGGUGAUGGGGCCGGGAGAGGUCGGGGACGGUACCAUCGUCGGCGAAGGACCCGAAGAAGAAAACGAUCCGCCGUUGCCUGCACAACAAGAGGUAGUCGCAGAUACCACACAGGCGGCAGUGGCUCCCGCAGCAAAGGUGUUCAAGCCUAUCAACCUCGAUCUCAGCGAAAGCGAAGACGAGGACGAUGAUAUGGAGCAGAUCGCUUGAGAUGUACAUACCUUGAUGUUGAUACGUUUCGCUUGGCUGCACUUGCCUUAGAUACCGGAAACCGGAGUGCGGGCGGUGUUUGAAAAGCAUGAGAAACUAGGAAACUAGGACACGAUCAGUCAGACAAUUGAGCGGUUAUAUUGUAUCAACUACAAACCUGCACAUGGCAUCUUUGCUGGUGUAUUGGUAACAUUGGCGCUUGUCAUGAUAUCAACUAUCAACACUACUCGCGCCCGCGCUGGGUUCGAUUCCCAGGCAGAGAGC